UUGCAGGCGAUGUAUUGAAUGACGGUAUAUAUAGAUAUAUAGACGUAGUGUGGCAGAGAAAAUGUAUGGUGCUUGGUCGUGUAAAUAUUGUACUCUUCUCAAUGACCAUGCAUCUCUUUUUUGUGUUUCCUGUGGAUCACAGAAUCCAGUUCCAUCGAGCAGUUCCAUUUUGCGUCCUCAACGUGGACAGAUUAAAUGGCCAAGAAUCUCAUUAACCGGUGCUUUGAGUGCAAUUGAUUCAGCGUUAAGUGAUAUUAAAACAUUGCCUGCUAUCUUCGGCUUAUCACGAUCUUUAUCUUCUCGUAAUCUUACGUCAUGUCCUCCAUCACCAACACAGCUGCAACCUUCGAUGGUGCCAUGUCAAGCCAUCUCAACAUCAUCAUUUCAAUUGCUGCAGAAUGAUGAGAAAGAAGCUGUAUCCGAGUUUGACCGGAUUGUUAGAUUCUGCAAAGAAAAUAACAUGCCAUUUAUUGACGACAGUUUCCCUCAUUCGAAAAAAUCCAUUGGUAAUUUUAUUAUUGAUGGAAGAUUAGAUGGUAAAAAAUUGAAUGCGAGUGAUUUUAUCUGGCUCCGACCACAAGAUAUAUACACGAAGGAUGGCAAACGUUACAGAUGGUCUGUGUUUUUAGAUCCUAAGCCAUCGGAUAUCGAACAAGGUUGCUUGGGUAAUUGCUGGUUUUUAUCAGCUCUGGCGGUUAUCGCUGAAAGACCAGAUAUUCUAGAUCAAAUUUUUCUUACAAAAAUUUAUAAUCCAUGGGGAGUCUAUCAAAUUCGUCUCUGUGUUGACGGCCACUGGCAGGUAGUCCUAGUUGAUGAUUUUCUUCCGUGCCAUUCUCAAACUCAUGGACUUGCUUUUGCUGUUGGACGACGCAAUCAGCUUUGGGUCCCCUUAAUCGAGAAAGCACUCGCAAAAAUACUUGGCUGUUAUGCAAAGUUACCUGCUGGACGUACACUGGAAGGUCUUGCAAUACUUACUGGUGCACCAUGUACAUUUCUCGAUCUUGAAAACUGUGCGGACUAUGAUCUUACUUGGGCCCAUCUUCUCAGCAUGAGGGAAGCAGGUUUCAUUAUGGGUUGCAGCUGUGGUAGCGGAAAGCGUUAUGUGGAUGAAGUCGAAUUUAAACGUGUAGGCUUGCAAAUACGACAUGCAUAUUCUUUGUUGGAUGUUAAGGAAUAUAACAAUCAAAGGGUUGUUCGCUUACGAAAUCCAUGGGGUUCAUUUACCUGGAAUGGGCCUUGGUGUGAUACUUGGUCAGGUUGGGACGAAUCAAGCCGUCGGAUAUUGUUACCAGAUGGUCCGGAAGCAGGAGCAUUCUGGAUGCCUUUCGUAGAUUUCAUGCAACGAUUUGAUUCUGUCGAAGUGGCUAAGGUACGGUCAGCACAAGGUUGGAAAGAACUUCGGGUUGACUGUUCGAUACCACAAUUCUGGGGUAAAGAAAACAUUUUAGGUUUCCAACUUCAAAUCGAGGAACCCACGGAAUUGGCCAUAACUGUUUAUCAGAAGGGAUCUCGUAAUCGAUGUGAUAGUGAUAUAAUGGUGUUGCUUCAUAAAAAUAGUCCUUCCAAUACGCAAAUAGGUGAACUUAUCGUAAGGUCAUUCCGCCGCAGUAUAGCAUUCGCAAGUACUAAGGAUGUUUUUUUAAAUGGUCCAGCUUUGUACACUGUACUUGCUAUAUCCUUCAGUAACAUGUCGGAUCCAGUUUCAAUUGAAACUGUUGUUGCUCUUCAUAGUGCAAAAAUGGUAAUGAUGGAAGCUUACUGGUUUUCAUCAUCAGUUAUUGCACAUUCGAUGAUUGAAAUGUGUUUAAAAGAGGGCCAGAAAGCGCCGUGCUUAGAUGGUACAAUCACUCGUUACGUAUCAAAGGACUUUGGCGGACAUAUAUUGAUGGUCGAAAAUCAUCAUCACCGUCAUUUUUUACAUGUUUAUUGUGAUUGCUCGCAGUCAGCUAAUGUACUGUCUACACGUGCGAGUCUUACUUCAUUAGAUGUAAUACCGCCAAUGCAUCGUCAGAUUUUGAUGCUUCUCACACAUUUUGAAACGACCCAAAUGUAUACGAUUCAUCACAAUUUAAAGCAGCGUCUCGCACUGUCUCGUGGUUUGCAUGAUUGGUUAUCACUUGCACCCAGUGAGCUGUCACUGCCCAUAUCUACGGAGCACAUUCCAAUUAUUCAAGAUUCCUGCAUGAAUUCACUUCAUAAACCUCGUCGGAUCGGGUGAUCAUUUUCUCACUUCUCAACCUUAUUUUUCACUUUUCAGCUUUACUUUUUUGAUAAAGUCCUAACUUACUGAGCUUUAAUCUUAGGUUUCCUUCCUCUUGUAAGGAGCCUUUUGUUUGUGUGAAGGUGUUCAGUUUUAUGCUUACGAAA